GAAAGACUUCGCCAACAAAACUCUGCGCAGAGGCAGGAAUACUCAAUGCAGGAGAAAGCAGAGCAUGUGCCAAUGAUAGAAACACAAGGAACUUAAAGAAUACUUAAGAACAAACGAAGCUGGUGGGGCUGCCAGGUCACUUUUACCAGCAGCAAGCACAGCACAGCAUAAUUGCCACCAUCUUUAACUGCAGCUUCAUUUGCACCAUGAGAAAGCCUUGAAAACUAUAGACUUGGCCAUCCAUGACCUUCAAACUCUUUUCACCUCCCACCCUGCUAUGAUUUGUGACCCCAGUGCCUGUAAGAAAGCUUUGGAACUUAAAUACAUCCAGGCAGACAGCCCUAACUAGGAGUUGCCACACAUCUGCUCUGCUGUUACUCCAGGAAGGCCACCCUCCCUACCACCCACUGAGCAACUCAGGAUGACAGCCACACCUCACCAGUCCUCCCAAGAUGUCUGUGCUGUAAACUGCAAACAGUGACCUUGUCUUAAUACUGCAGAGAUACCACCGUGGAACUUAGGGGAACUUAAUUUACCGUUUCCAGGUUAAUCACGUUCUCCUCAGCUAUAACCCAUAAGGAAGAGGUGACAUUAAGAUUUUCAUGUUUUUCUGAGUUGCCUCCUUCCUGAAGAGCAAUGGAGAUGCUGUUAAGUGGAAGAGGAUUAAUCAUAUCUCUAAUUUUCUUCCUGUUAAAAUUCUCCACAGCGACGGAAAUACCACUUUCAGUUCAACAGGUUCCAACAAUCAUAAAACAGUCAGAAGUGCAAGUUGCCUUUCCUUUUGAUGAAUAUUUUCAAAUUGAAUGUGAAGCUAAAGGAAAUCCGGAACCAACAUUUACGUGGACUAAGGACGACAAGCCUUUUGAUCUCUCUGACCCUCGGAUAAUUGUAUUUAACAACUCAGGAACAUUCAAGAUCCCGAAUGAGGGGCACAUAUCUCACUUUCAAGGGAAAUACCGCUGCUUUGCCUCUAAUAAACUAGGGGUCGCUAUGUCAGAAGAAAUAGAAUUUAUAGUUCCAAAUGUUCCAAAAUUCCCAAAAGAAAAAAUUGAUCCUCUUGACGUGGAGGAAGGAGAUCCAAUUGUCCUCCCAUGCAACCCCCCCAAAGGCCUCCCACCUUUACACAUUUAUUGGAUGAAUAUUGAAUUGGAACACAUUAAACAAGAUGAAAGAGUAUACAUGAGCCAGAAGGGAGAUCUGUACUUUGCCAACGUGGAAGAAAAAGACAGUCGGAAUGAUUACUGUUGCUUUGCCGCAUUCCCAAGAUUAAGAACUAUCGUGCAGAAAAUGCCAAUGAAACUCACCGUUAACAGCUUAAAGCAUGCUAAUGACUCAAGUUCAUACACAGAAAUCAGUUCCAAGGCAAAUUCAAUCAAGCAAAGAAAACCCAGAAUGCUGUUGCCUCCUAGUGAGCGUGGCAGUGAGUCUUCCGUCACCGUCCUCAAAGGGGGUACCCUGCUGCUUGAAUGUUUCGCCGAAGGCCUGCCAACUCCACAGGUGGAAUGGAACAAAAUGGGUGGUGAUUUACCAAAGGGAACAGAAACAAAAGAGAAUUCUGUCAAGACUUUGAAGAUAGAGAAUGUCUCCUACCAGGACAAAGGAAAUUAUCGCUGCACAGCCAGCAAUUUCUUGGGAGCAGCCACUCACGAUUUUCAUGUUACGGUAGAAGAGCCUCCUCACUGGACAAAGAAGCCUCAGAGUGGCGUGUACAGCACGGGGAGCAGUGGUAUCUUGUUAUGUGAGGCUGAAGGACAACCUGAACCCAAAAUCAAGUGGAGAGUCAAUGGCUCCCCAGUUGAGAAAGAUCCAUUUGCUGGUGAUGUCUUCUCCCCCAGGGAAAUCAGUUUUACCAACCUGCAACCGAAUCACACUGCUGUGUACCAGUGUGAAGCCUCGAACGUCCAUGGAACUAUCCUUGCCAAUGCCAAUAUUGAUGUAGUAGAUGUUCGUCCACUGAUACAAACUGAAGAUGAAGAAAAUUAUGCCACAGUGGUUGGGCACAGUGCUUUCUUACAGUGCCAGUUCUUUGCUUCACCCGAGGCUGUGGUGUCCUGGCAGAAGGUAGAAGAAGUGAAACCCCUUGAAGGCAGACGGUACCAUAUCCUUGAAAACGGUACAUUACAGAUCACCAGAACCACAGAAAAUGAUGCGGGCUCAUACUCUUGUUGGGUAGAAAAUGCUAAAGGAAAAACUGCAGUCACAGCCAAUUUGGAUAUUAGAGAUGCAACAAAAGUUCGAGUUUCUCCUAAGCAUCCUCGUGUUCCCAAGUCACAUACACUUGAGUUACACUGUGAGACCAAAUGUGACUCCCAUUUGAAACACAGUCUGAAGUUGUCCUGGAGUAAAAACGGAGAAGCCUUCACCAUGAACGGCACAGAGGAUGGCAGUAGGAUAAUUACUGAUGGAGCUAAUCUGACUAUAUCUAAUGUCACCUUAGAGGACCAAGGUAUUUACUCCUGUUCAGCACAAACCACUCUAGAUAGUGUCACGGAUACAACUCAAGUAACUGUCCUGGAUGUUCCAGAUCCACCAGAGAACCUUCACUUGUCCGACAGGCAGAACAGGAGCGUCCGGCUGACGUGGGAAGCGGGAGAUGACCACAACAGCAAUGUCAGCGAGUAUAUUGUAGAAUUUGAAGGAAACAAAGAAGAACCCGGACGGUGGGAGGAACUGACCAGAGUCCAAGGAAAGGAGACAACAGCCAUGCUAUCUUUGGCCCCGUACGUGAGGUACCAGUUCAGGGUCCUCGCUGUGAACGAGGUAGGGAGAAGCCACCCCAGCCGGCCAUCGGACCACCAUGAAACGCCGCCGGCAGCUCCAGACAAGAAUCCACAAAACAUAAGGGUUCAAGCCUCUCAACCCAAAGAAAUGAUUAUAAAAUGGGAGCCUUUGAAGUCCAUGGAGCAGAAUGGACCAGGACUGGAGUACAGAGUGACCUGGAAGCCACAGGGAGCCCCAGUGGAGUGGGAAGAAGAAACAGUCACAAACCACACCUUGCGGGUGAUGACGCCUACUGUCUAUGCUCCCUACGAUGUCCAAGUCCAAGCCAUCAAUCACCUGGGCUCUGGCCCUGAGCCUCAGUCAGUGAUUCUCUAUUCCGGAGAAGACUAUCCUGAUACAGCUCCAGUGAUCCAUGGAGUGGACGUUAUCAACAGCACAUUAGUUAAAGUUUCCUGGUCAACAAUUCCAAAGGACAGAGUACAUGGACAUCUGAAAGGAUAUCAGAUAAGUUGGUGGAAAACAAAAAGUCUGUUGGAUGGAAGAACACAUCCCAAAGAAGUAAACAUUCUGAGAUUUUCAGGACAAAGAAACUAUGGAAUGGUUCCUUCCCUCGAUGCCUUUAGUGAAUUUCACUUAACAGUCUUAGCCUACAAUUCUAAAGGAGCUGGUCCAGAAAGUGAGCCUUAUAUAUUUCAAACACCAGAAGGAGUACCUGACCAGCCAACUUUUCUCAAGGUCAUUAAAGUUAAUAAAGACACUGCUACCUUAUCAUGGGGACUCCCUAAGAAAUUGAAUGGAAACUUAACUGGCUAUCUAUUACAGUACCAGAUAAUAAAUGACACCUAUGAAAUUGGAGAACUAAAUGAUAUCAACAUUACAACUCCAUCAAAGCCCAGCUGGAGUCUCUCAAACCUCAAUGCAACUACCAAGUACAAAUUCUACUUGAGGGCUUGCACUUCAAAGGGCUGUGGAAAGCCAAUCACUGAGGAAAGUGCCACAUUAGGAGAUGGGAGUGAGAGUAUCGGGAAGAUACAAGAAGGAGUAAAUCUUACUCAAAAGACUCACCCAGUAGAGGUAUUUGAACCGGGAGCUGAACACAUAGUUCGCCUAUUGACUAAGAAUUGGGUUGAUAACAAUAGCAUUUUUGAAGAUGUAAUUGAGACAAGAGGGAGAGAAUACGCUGGUUUAUACGACGACAUCUCCACUCAAGGCUGGUUUAUUGGACUGAUGUGUGCAAUCGCUCUUCUCACACUAAUAUUGUUAACUAUUUGCUUUGUGAAGAGAAACAAAGGUGGAAAGUACUCAGUGAAAGAAAAGGAAGAUCUGCAUCCAGAUCCAGAAGUUCAGUCCGUAAAAGAUGAAACCUUUGGUGAAUACAGUGACAGUGAUGAAAAACCUCUCAAAGGAAGCCUUAGGUCCCUUAACAGAGAGAUGCAGGCCACGGGAAGUGCCGACAGCCUAGUAGAAUACGGAGAAGGCGAGCACAGGCUAUUCAAUGAAGACGGGUCAUUUAUUGGGGCGUAUGCAGGAGCUAAGGAGAAAGGCUCUGUUGAAAGCAAUGGAAGUUCUACAGCAACAUUUCCGCUACGAGCAUAAACACAAGCAAACAACAUCUGCAGUCCACACCAACCUUCCAUAUUUAUAUGUUCAAGGGAGCAAGAACUUUCACAGAGGAGUAGAAACGUAUGGACAAAAGAUUUCAUCCAGAAUUUGAACAUCCUGCAGUUAUGUCGAGAAAAAUAGCACUGCCUUGAAAAAAUAAAAUACCAACCACUAUAGGCCUGUUUUUUUUUUUUGUUAUUGUUUUUUUCAGGUGCUCAAAAUGCAAACACAAAACAAAUCUUGUAUUUAGAUUCACCUCAACUGAAUCCAAAGUAUCCAUCCAGUAUACUCCGUAUUUGCCUGGUUUUGCUGUUCACUGUGUUUGCAUAGAUGAUUUUCUCUGCAUAUUUGUAUUCAGCCUCUGAGAACUGUUUAGUGACUUAGCUUCACUACAGGUUAAAAGAUGGUAAGCAAACUGGUUAUUUAAAAUGUAAAGAGGAAUAUGAAUGUCUUAUUAAAACAAUUCAUUGAAUAUAUGCAGUCUAAAUGAAUUAUUUAAACUUUUAGUAGAAGUCUUAGGUGAACAAUCAACUAGUAUUUAUUGAGCUACCUAUCUGCCCAGAGACGGUCAUGUUUAAACAAAUUAUUUCUCAGUGUCAACAUGAAUUCUUUAUGUCUAUCAGUUAUGACAUAUACAAACAUCUUUGUUUUUGUGGUUUUCUUGGACUAAGCUCAGCUACAGAGGAAGCGGUGGGCAGAAGGUCAUCUCAUGGAAGAACAGGCAUGAGGUGUCCAUGGCACUGGAAUCUAAUAGGUAUACCUAUUUAAUGUCUCCAUUUCUAAAUCAACUGCUUUUACCUGUUUUUCUAUGUUUAUAUAAUAGUAUGCUCACAUAGAUUUCGUGAAUGCACUGUACAUAUUAUGUUAAUAUUCACACAAUUUAAAAUAUAGAUGUGUUUUAUUUUCAAAUGAGGAAGAAAACAUUAACAGGCAGAUCUGUAUAGCUGGAGUAUCUAGACACCAUUUUUCAUCAUUCCAGAGCUACAACCAGUAACAUGAGGUUCCCAAACUGAAGCCUUUGUAUAAAGCAUUUGGAUUUUGUUCUUACAUUGCUUUUUCCAACAGCCUCAAAAUAAAAUAUCAUAUAAAUAUUGAGGGACAUGUCUUCAUAUUUUUCAAAAUAAGAGUUCAUUGUUGAGUGUAAUCCUUUCCCAGCCCCUAAAUGAGAAACUCUUGAUAGUAACGAUUCCCAUUACAUAUGUCUGCCUUUCUUAUUGUAAACAUCGUCAGGGUGGGAUCUUCUUCUAAGUUGUUCUUCUGUCAGGACAAGUUCAGAGAGUUUGUUUCCUGGUAUGUGGGCUACUUACUAGUCCUAUAAUUGUACAUGAAGACAUUUAGAGAUAGUAUGAAAAGCUGUGCAUGCAUGUCAGUAAAAUUCAAUGUUCAAGUUCUUAUCUAUGAGUACAUUUUUUCACCUUACCACAAACUUCUUAAUUAUGCUGACAUGAAAUUUAUUUUACUUUUUGAAAUGUAGCUAUGGGCAUAUAUUGUUAAAUCCUUGACUUUGAUAUUUGCAGCACACCAUUUCUUGUGGACCACAAUUAGGGGUGUUUAUAAGGUCAAUGCAGUAAUCCACAUGUCAUUUUAAACCUUAUAUGCCCUCCAAAAUGCACAGGCAGCAAAAGAAUGUCUUAUCUAAACCAGAACAUCACAAGCUCAAGAUUUGACCAAACUCGCAGAAAUAAUUUCCAAAGAGGGAAGACAUCUUAUUCCUCAGCCUGUGUGACUAUUAGGAUCUGCAUAUCUAUUGCUUUACUUUGAGCUUCAUCUCCCUCUGAUUUCUAAGGCACAACUUUUAUGGAGGAACAAUCAUAUUUUGACUUAUCUGGGAGCAAUUUCUGGUUCCUAGCUAUCAGUAAGGCCAAGGUUGGGACUUACAGAGUUUAGUUUUAUUAUUCUAGUUCCUCUUCCAUGUCACCAGCCAAAAAGGUUUGAAAAGAAUCAUGCAGGAUGGAAAUAAUCUCCAGACAGGAUUAGGAGUAGAUUAUAAAUUUAAUAAUCUUUAAAGUACAAAUUAGUACAACUACUGACAUACGUCAGUUUCGAAUUCUGUCUGCUUGCACGAGACCUCAAUGUUUUCCUUUAGCUGUCUAAUGAGGAUGUUCCUGCUCAUAUUUUCUGAAUGGCCAAAACUUAUGGCUCUGAAAAUGAGACUGCAUUAUGGCUGCCUUUUGCUGUCACUGUAUUACCUUUUCUCAAUACCAUCUGGCUUCUGCUGGGAAUCUUCAGUGCAGAAGGAAGGAACAGGUCAUAGCUAGCUUUCUCUACUGCCAAUAUUAUUUUGAUGUAAGAGAAUGUAUAUAAUGUCAAGGUGUAUAUAAUGUCAAGGUGGGGAUGAGUUCCUAGGGAGCUGUCCAAGGGGUGGGAAAAUCCAAGUUCUCUUCCUGGUUCCAGCACUGAUUCUGUACAUAAACCUUAGCAAGUUGCUUGACCCCUUUGCUUCAAACUAUCUCAAUUAUGAAGUGCUAACAAUUAUCUCAGUUACCUUAUCCUUUGUCACAGGGUGUUCUUUUUUAUGAAGAAAAAUUUGAAAAUGAUAAAAGUUAAGAUGCCUUUUAACUUCAUAAACAAACCUUUAAUGAUAUAUUGAAAGGUCACCCCCAUACGUACCAACCCAACUUUUUUCCUGUGAGUGCAUAAAUAUAUUUUUGUAGAAAAACAAAUCUACAGGAAUCUACUGUUCAAUGAGCAGUAGGACUUGCACAUGCCAUCAAAAAUUAUUAAUCAGAAAAAAUUAAGCAGGGUCUUUGCUAUAUGAAAGUGUUUUUUCACUAAUUUUGCAUGUGUAUUUAUAAGAGAAUGUGAAUUUGGUGGGUUUAUUCUCUCAAUACAAAGUCAUCUGGUAUUUUAGAUGUGACCAUGUUUAUAAAAGUGUAAAAGCACAAUGAAAUUAUGCUGGAAGUCUCAAAUAAUAUUUUUUUUCUAUUUUAUAUUCAUGGAAGAGAUGAACUAGAGAGAGAACAAUAAUGAGAAAUGUCGGUGUGUUUUUCUAAGCAUUUAAAACAUAAUUGCCAACUGAAGUCCUAAAUAUGUUUACAUGCCAUUAAGAUAUGAUACUUGUUAUGAUUUUAAAUUGAUUAUAAAGGGAUUGGGUUUGUAAUUGUGCUAGAAAGUAUACUCGUAUUUCCCAUAGUGAAGUAGGAUUGAGCCAAAGCUUACUUUGUUUUGUAUCUUAAAUUGUUUAAUGACAUCAUCAAAAGAUAAAAGGUAUGUAGAGUUUACCUGAUACCCUUUUUUUUUCUUUUUGCUUAGAUUAAUAUUCAUGGCAGAACUUUAUUAAAAUGUGUUUGUACUGUAGGUGGUGUUUGUAUUUGCUUAUGAAAAUGUACGGCUUAAGGAUAUUUUCAUUUUACAAGAAACUCAACUUUCCAAAUAAAAGUUCAACUUCAUGUACUGUAAAA